AUGUUCACUGACUUCAAAUACUCGCUGUGCAGAGGUUUGAGAUCUCACUGCAACAACAUCUCCAACUCAAACAACAUCCCACUGCAACAACAUCCCACUGCAACACCAUCCAACUGCAACAACAUCCCACUGCAACAACAUCCCACUGCAGCAGCAUCCCACUGCAACAACAUCCCACUGCAACGAUAUCCAACUGCAACAACAUCCCACUGCAACAACAUCCCACUGCAACAACAUUGCAACAAUCCAAUGACACAACACUUCAGCAAACAAACACGCAAGCAGUUGACUCUGAAAUAUUGA